AUGGAGGGGUUUCUGAAAAUUCUCACCCAAUUUCUUCAAAAUUUUGGUAAUCAAUUACUCCGUUCCUCUGCUAAUUCACCUCGUUCAGUGGCUGGAGACAAGGAAGAUCAAAACACAGCUGGUAGCAUGGAUCAGACUAGUCCGUUGUACAUGCACCAGUCGGAGAGUGCCGGAACAACGCUAGUUCCUGUUGUUUUCGACGGAACUGGGUAUAGGUCCUGGAGAAGAGGAAUCCUUAGGGCUUUGUCAGUAAAGAACAAAGUCGGAUUCGUCAAUGGAAAGUGUAAGAAACCUAAAAUUGAUGAAGUAACCUACGACCAGUGGGCUCGUUGCGAUGACAUGGUUACGUCCUGGAUUUUGAACUCACUCUCGAAGGAUCUAGCUGACAGCUUGCAAUAUGUCAACGACGCUAAGGAAUUGUGGCAGGAACUCGAGGAUAGGUAUGAUCGGACUAAUGGAGCGAAGUUGUAUCAACUACAGAAAGAAAUUAAUUACCUUAGCCAAGGCACUUUGGAUAUCACAGGAUACUACACAAAAAUAAAAUGA